AUGUCAGAAAACAUCAGAAUGGAUCCUGCUGCGUUAUCACAUAUAAAUGACGGUCUUGGACCUGCAUCUUCUGGAUCUGCACCUUCCAAAUCAGCAUCGCCAUCAUUAAAGACAUCAACACAUCCUCGACCUACGUUUAAUCAUUCAUCAACAUCAUAUGCUACCAGGAAUCAAACUCAAUCCUCUUAUCAUCAAGAACCCACAUCAUACAUAUCUCGAGAUGAUCAUCACAACGAUAACAACUAUGCAGAUGAUGAAUUGCCGUCAAAGGAAUCAUUACCUUCUUCAUCAAUGUAUCCACCGAUAGAGUCCCUACAUCCUUAUUCUCAUCCAGGAUAUACUUCCACAGAAAGAGAAAGGAGAUUCAACGGAAACAGAAAUAGAUCAGUCAGUCUAUCAUUGAACGAAAUGUGGGAUAAAUCAAGGUCUGUUUGCUCGUUGAAAGGUGAACAUGGUGCGGGGAAAAGUAUGAUGUUAGGAUGGAUCAUAACGACUUUGAUAGUCUUAGGAAUACUAGGUUGGUGGAGACGAGAACUGUUUGAAGCCCUGGAUGACCUUUCCAAGUAUUUAUCAAGUCAAGGAUACUACGGACAUUUGAUAAUCUUCAUCUUGAUUUUAAUAACGACAAUACCGCCUAUACCCCUCUAUUCAACAUUGAUCGUAUUGUCAGGUUAUACUUUUGGCGUAUGGGAAGGGUUCCUGAUCAGCUACGCAGCAAGUCUAUUUGGCGCAGUUCUGGUGUUUGGUGUUAGCAGAGUCUGGUUGAGAGAUGUCAUCGGAAGAUGCCUCUCGUCCUCACCAACAUCAUCAACACUCCUGUCGCUACUCUCCUCCCAUCCUCAUUUACUCCUACUGAUUCGAAUCGCACCUUAUCCGUACAACCUAUUGAACGUAAUACUCGCCUCAUCGCCCUCGUUAUCUCUCCGAACAUAUACGGCAUGUACUGCUCUGAGUCUAUGUAAAUUGGUUUUACAUACUUGGAUAGGAGCAGGAAUACAUAACCUAUCUACUGCAUAUGGACAUAACCUCUCAGAUUCGGACAAGCAAAAUGGUGAAACAUCAGAUGAAGAUUCAGAAGGACACUGGCCUUCUCCUCAUCUCCCUCCACCUCCACAUUAUCAUUUCCACGGUAACCAUGGGAACGAACAUGGUCAUGGAGAAUGGUCAAAUAACAGGGAAGAUAUUAAAGCUUAUUCGACUUGGUUCGGAAUAGCACUUUGCAUUGGACUAUUUUGCUAUUUAACUUAUAUUGCCAAGAAAGCAGUUAGAGAAGCUCAAAGAGAACAAGAAAGGGAAAUGGCAGAGAGCGGUCAAGGUUUAUUGAUUUCUAGAAGAAGCGAAGAAGGUGAAGAAGAAGUUUAA